GCACCAGUGGUGUGUCUAUAGGUCUAACUGGUGAACAAAAUGUAGAACACACCUGAGUGUUGAUUACGAGUUCAAUGCUGCAAAGUGGAGGAAUGAGAGUUUUCCAACAAGGACAAAAAUACUCAUUUAUUAGUCACUGAUUUAUUGUAAGUGGAAUGGAAAACAGUACAGUUUCCUUUUACUUUAACCUUACCAUGUUUGUGAACAUUGGACACUAUCGUUAUCCAGCCUUUGUUGUUUGCCUCCUGCUCUACAGCUUUGUUGUGUCUGCUAAUCUUGUCAUAAUAGUGGUGAUAUCUCGAGAGAAAACACUACAUGAGCCCAUGUAUGUUUUCAUUGCAUGUUUAUCUGUCAACUCUCUGUAUGGCUCCACUGGUUUCUUCCCCAGAUUCCUCAUGGACCUUCUGUCUGACACUCAUACGAUCUCACAUUUUGCUUGUUUCAUUCAGAUUUAUGUUAUUUACACAUAUGCUUCCUAUGAACUGACCAUUCUUGGCAUUAUGGCAUAUGAUAGAUAUGUUGCUGUUUGUCAUCCUUUACAUUAUCACAGAAAGAUGACGUCUAAAACAGUUUUUAAGUUGGCAGCAUUGGCUUGGAUUUUUCCAGCCUUUGGUAUAGCAGGAUGCAUCUGUUUGUCUGCCAGGCUUCCCCUAUGUGGUAAUGAGAUACAGAAAGUGUUUUGUGCCAACUGGAAUAUUGUAAAAUUAUCAUGUGUUACCACUGUUGUCAACAACGUUGUCGGUAUGCUUUUGACUAUAACUACAGCUUUCCUUCCCCUUUUUUAUGUCCUGUACACCUACUCACGAAUUGUAUUUGUUUGCUGGAAAAGCUCAGCAGAGUUCAAAGGCAAAGUAUUACAGAGCUGUCUGCCACAUGUUGUUUCGUUUGUGAUCUAUUCUAUCACAGCAUUUUGUGAUAUUACCUUGAGCCGGUAUAAUCUUGAAGAGAUAAAUCCAUUUGUGGCUGUUAUUCUGUCACUGGAGUUUGUUAUCAUCCCUCCAGUUCUGAAUCCUCUCGUGUAUGGCCUUAAAUUACCAGAAAUUAGAAGACAGAUUCAAAGGAUGAUGUCAUGGAGUAAAACUCUUAAAACAAUCUGUUAACACAGUACAUUGUAUGAUUAGGAUUGUAUAAACAAAGACUUGUGGGAACACAGUAGUCUACAGAAGCUAUUAAUAGUGCAUUAAGGCAUCUGACAAUUAACUCUGACAAUAAAGCUAAAAGAGAAUAAAGAUCAGAUUACAGACAUACAAGAUGUCAUAUAAAAUAAGUAUAAGAAUAUUAUGGCCACAUGUCUAAUGUUCCCAGGAUGCUUAAUGGAAUGGAUUCACACAAUGCAGACAACAUGAAUGACUGUAUGUUGCCUCACCAUACACUGGAUUAAAUGACAAUAUGAUAAACUGAACAUGCUAUUUCAUAUUUUUUGUCAAAUAAAAAAUGUCACAAAUCCUCAGCCAAAGUUAACAUUUUUGGUAGGAGCCGGGCAACUGAAAAAACAUGAUGGAAAGUUCGGAAAUACAGAAAAUAACAAUACACUUAAUAACUUUGAACUUUUUUGAAUACAAAUUACAUUUUUUCUAGGGCUAUGUUCAUGAUCAAUUCACAUACAAAGAACACAUACUGGCAUUUUAUUCGGAGCAGCCUAGUUUUCUCUUCACAAAGUUUCAGGAGCUCAGGCUGAGUAAGUGUUGAAUAUAAUAGUUGUGUCUAAUUAUGAAAACAACACAAGACAUUGGACUCAUUAGAUGGCAUUCAUUUGUAUGGUAAGCUCUUUCUGUAAUUUACUGACAGACUGUACAUACAGAGAUCCAUAUAUUGGAUUAAGAAUUAUUUAUUUAAUGUGCUCUGUUGGAAAUGAAAUGCAUUUAGGUUUUCAUUAUCAAACACAGACUAUAUAUUAUUAAUACCAACUCAAAUAUGAAGCCUUUAAAAUAUACAAAUCCUGGAGGUACAAACAGACUGGAGGUUUCCAGUUC